CACAUGGGUGCGAUAUGCAUGCUGGCUAGUAUCAAUUUUUGUACAUAAUUGUAUGCGUUAUAUUUGACAGCUCCAUCUGACCGCUUUGGAGAUGCAGGUGUCCAGUAUAAAUAAUGUGAAGAUAUAUAAUCUAAGCCAUGGAAAAUCUCUUCCGGAGUGGAUAUCUGAUCGAAAGAAGAGAGCUUUACAGAAGAACGAUGUUGAUAUCCAGAGGAGAAUCGAGCUCAUUCAGGAUUUUGAGAUGCCAACUGUCUGCACCUCCAUCAAAGUGUCCCGAGAUGGCCAGUACAUUAUAGCUGCAGGCACAUACAAACCGAGGGUUCGAUGCUACGACACUUACCAUUUGUCUCUGAAGUUUGAGCGUUGCUUGGAGUCUGAUGUGGUGGCGUUUGACAUUCUAUCAGAAGACUACUCAAAGCUGGUGUUCCUGCGUAUGGACCGCUAUGUGGAAUUCCACUCGCAGCACGGUCAUUACUAUAAGACUCGCAUCCCGAAGUUUGGCAGAGAUUUCUCCUACCAUUAUCCUUCAUGUGACCUUUACUUCGUUGGUGCCAGUUCAGAGAUCUUCCGCCUGAAUCUUGAACAAGGCCGAUUUCUCAACUCCUUGCAGACAGAUGCAGCUGAAAUCAAUGUAUGUGACAUCAACCCUGUUCAUCAUUUAUUUGCCGCUGGGACAUUAGAGGGGAGAGUGGACUGCUGGGACCCUCGAGUGAGGAGUAGAGUGGGUGUUUUGGACUGUGCUCUCAGCAGCAUCACUGGCGGGACAGAGGUGGAUGGCUUGCCGUCAGUCAGUGCACUAAAGUUUAAUGGCUCUCUGGGUAUGGCGGUGGGCACCAGCACUGGACAGAUUCUCAUCUUUGAUCUGCGUUCCUCACGUCCACUGCUGGUUAAAGAUCAUUAUUAUGGUCUCCCAAUCAAAGCCCUUCACUUCCAUGACCCGCUGGACCUGGUGCUGUCUACAGACUCCAAAAUCAUCAAGAUGUGGAACAGAGAAAAUGGCAAAGUAUUUUCAUCCAUCGAACCUCAGGCCAACAUCAACGAUGUGUGCCUCUACCCUGCUUCGGGUAUGCUCUUCACUGCCAACGAAGAUCCCAAAAUGAAUACCUUUUACAUUCCUGCUCUUGGUCCGGCUCCGCGCUGGUGCUCUUUCCUGGAUAACCUUACAGAAGAGCUUGAGGAGAACCCAGAGAACACCAUCUAUGAUGACUACAAGUUUGUUACCCGCAAGGACCUGGAGAAUCUGGGUCUGACUCAUCUGAUUGGCUCGGCUCUGCUCAGGGCUUAUAUGCACGGCUUCUUCAUGGACAUCAGGCUCUAUCACAAGGUCAAGACCAUGGCAAACCCAUUUGCGUAUGAGGAGUAUCGUAAGGACAGAAUCCGGCAGAAGAUUGAUGAGUCGAGAGCACAGAGAGUGCUGCUCAAGAAGCUGCCCAAGGUCAAUAAGGAGCUGGCCAUCAAACUCAUGGAUGAGAGAGACAAUGAGUCGCGAACCAAGAAGAAAAAGAACAAGGCUUCAGCCAAUCUCCUGACGGACGACCGUUUCAAGGUGAUGUUUGAGAACCCUGAAUAUCAGGUGGAUGAUCAGAGCGAGGAGUUCCGUCUGCUCAACCCCAUUGUGUCUAAAGUGGGUGAGAAGAGGAGGGAAAAACUCAGACAGCUCAUCCAGCAAGUGGAAGAGGAGCAGCGGGGUGAGGAAGAAGAGGUGGAGGGUCGUGCCAGCUCAGAGGAAGAGGAGAGCUCUGAUGAUGAUGAUAAGAGUUGGGUGAAGGAGGUGAGGGAGCAACGGCGCCUUAUACGGGUGGAGGAGAAUGAGCGCAGGUUCAACGAGAGGAAAGAGCGGAGGCAACAGGACCGCAACACCAGCUUACGGAGUUCAGAUCCAGCCAGAAACCCCCAACAAGAAACCCAAAACCAUCCUCGAUUCUAUCAGCUCAAAGCAGGAGAGGAGUUCCGUAGCUUCAGUGACGUGGACCACAAACAAAAGAUGCAAAAGACGUCUCUAGAGGAGCGACUCAAGCGGGAGGAGAGGUCGGGGAUGUUAAACCUCAAUGACACAGCAGUUGGAAGCAAACAGCUGACUUUCACUCUCAAGAAGACGGAGAAGCAGAGAUAUCAACAGCAGGCAGAACGAGAGCAUCAUGAGGAGAGGAGGAAGAUCAGACGCUCUGCAGGACACUUACAUACUAACAGAGGAGGAAGAGGAAGGGGAAGAGGCAGGGGAAGAGGACGAGGAAGACCCUUCUAAUAUGUCUGACAUACAGGACUGUGAAUUAUUAUUAUUAUUAUUAUCCCUGGAGGAACGUGUAUUUUAGUGUGGAAUGCACAAGAUGUUUAAAAGACGGAUGGACACUUCUUUAAAUUGCAAAUGUUGUUAAUGAGCAAGAACUGUUUCGCAUUGAGUGUGUGCUGUUUAUGUGUGUGUACGUCAGACCUCCCUUUUUUCCAAAACAUCUCUCAGUGCAGUCUAAACAGAACUUUUGAUUUGUGAAGAACCAUAAAACAUUUUUAACCACAUCUGUCUGCGCUCUGUCCCAUUAAAUCUGGCCUUGUAAGAUCACAUUGUUGCCAAAUGAUUUUUACGUCUCGUUCAAAAUUUCGUGGCAAUUUCCUGGUGAAAUGAACACUAGAGGCGCUACAACAACAAUGACUUGUAUUCACUUUCACAAAAAACACUUCACCCUGUUUCUCACACAAUGCUUUCACAUCUAUACCCUUUUACUAUAGCGCUCGACUCAUUUCAACGUUUUCAGGGAGGGAGGUCAGUUUUGUUGAUUUAAAACGGAGUAUUACCAUUAAAAACCGAAUUUGUUUGGGAGAAAUGUAACUUUCAGCACCACACAGUGGACAUUUCACCUCGGAACUGCCACAAUACGUUGUGGACCACAUAAUAUCAUUUUGCAAAACUGAUGCCACAGUCACAUACUUUUCACGAGAUCAGGCUGUUUACAUUCACACUACUCAAUGAAUCCUAAAGCCGUAAUUCACUUGAAAGCUAAAGAUUCCUGAAAUGUCUGGCUGACAACGUGGUUUUAGACUUAUAAAAUUAGUUCAACAAAAACAUCAAUACAAAGAGGUUGGCAAAAUAAAGCAGGAGUCACAUGCUGGCCCACAUGGAAUCUGUGCCCGCAGAUUUCUGCAGAAUUUGAAUCACUGUCUACACAUUGCCCUGCCCUUGCUUGUUUGAUGAUUAAAUAUCUAUGUUUUCAAGUACUAAUAAAAGUACUACAAGCUUAAAAUAAAUCUACCAAAUCUACUUACAGCAGCUGCGAGGCGAAUGGGUCUUAUUGAAGCAGACGCGAUAACAAUGGUGGUGAUUCAUGAAAUUUAAAGAAGCCCAAAUCCCAAUAAUCUCUUUAAAACACUUUUACACUUUUUCAACUGAAUUUGAACGAAGCACCCAUUGACAGCAGUUCUUUUCUUGGGUGCCUAAACUUUAUACAUUACCAUAAAAUUACUUUUUAAAAGUGUAAGGACAUACUUUUGUUGUUUUAUUUUAUUCUCUUUCCUGAGAUCCACUUAUGUUAGUAUAGUGUUUUUUUUGUUGUUGUUUUUUUACCACCCUGUCCCUUGGCCCUCUCUCUAAAACGCUCUGUUUUAAAAUGUCUGGCCCUUUAAGACUUUAAUGUAAACACCCACUGUUGUGAUUGGCUAGCAUUCCAUGCAGUUCAUGGUGAUGUUGGGGUGCUUCAAUAGGCCAAAGCAGAGAUGCCGGAUGCCUUCAAAACAGCAAGACAGCGCGGCUGAAUGAAACACAAUGGGGGUCUCCAUUUUAGAGUUAUAACUUGUCAUCGCGUCUUUUAAAAGCAGCACGAGAUGUAUGAUAAAAGUUCUAAUCAUACACGUUUAGAAAAACAUUUAAUUCCAAAUAUGAAUAAGUCCACUUUGGAUGAAUCUCCCAUGACAGGCCCAUCUCGCUCCUGUUGGUAGGGUCAAGGGUGCAAUGAUGAAAAUUAGGUGUUGAUGUCUUGCUGAAGUGACUGUAAUAUGCAGAUAUAUUUGGUCAUUGUGACAUCACAAUUUCCACGAAUUCCAAAUGAGCCGUAUUUGUCCAAUGACCUCUUAUAUGCCAAAAGAUCAAGGAAAUGUUCAUUCCACAUGUCAUGACCCCUUUAAUUCAUUUUAGGUUCAUGCAUUUCUGAACUGCUUAGUGGCCUUUCCAGUCUUUCAGACGUUCUAUCUGUUUAUCUAACGUCAUACUCAAACUAUCAGCCUAUUUUUAUAAACAGUAGUUUAACUCAACCUGUUAGUUUUAACAAUAAAAAAAAACAGAUUAGUUAUUAACUAUAUAGUUACCUUUGAAAAUUAAAGUAAUAGUUGCCAAAUCGCUGGACUUUCAAGACCUUUUCCUCAAAUUAAAAAGAAGAACUGCUUCAACAGAACAUGAAACUUUCAGCUGCUAAUAUUUGAAUAUUGCAAGUAAUAUUGAGAAGUGAAAGCACAGAAUUCCCCGUCCUAUUUGAGAUUUGCUGUUAAACACUUCAUCCUGACCUCUGUUUCACGUUUCCAUUGACUUUAUGGCAUCCAAGCUGCAUGUAUUCUGCAAAUAACAAUAUCAGAUUUUAUUUUUUUAAGAUUGUUUUGCACUUUAAAGUGGCUUGGAUGCAGCAUCAUUUAAAAUCAACAGUUUUCAGUUUCAGAUGACAUUGUAGAAAUGUAUUAUUCACAGUCAGUCAUGAUUAUUUUAAUCAAUGAGAGAAAGUGUCCAAUAACAGGACGGUUACUGAGAUUAAGUGAGUAGUAUUCGGCUGGUCAUAUGAUUCUAACAUGGCAGCCCCCAUGUGUGGACCCUCUCCAUGUAGAAUAAAACAACUUUUAU